AUGGAAAACAUAGCCUGGAGAAAUUAUUCACCCAUUGCAGAAGUCAUCCUCCUGGGAUUCACCAGUCACCCUGGGCUGCAGAUUCCUCUGUUCCUGUUAUUCUUGAUGAUCUAUGCCAUGACCAUGGCUGCAAACAUCUCCAUCAUUAUGCUAGUGGUAGCUGAUCAGCACCUCCAUACCCCUAUGUACUUCUUCCUAGGAAAUUUGUCCUGCUUGGAGGCCUGUUACAGCUCCACCAUCUUGCCCAGGCUGCUGGUCAGCUUCCUAACAGGAGACAGGACCAUUUCCAUCAGUUGUUGUAUCCUGCAGUACUACUGCUUUGGUUCUCUCACAGCAGCAGAGUGCUUUCUCCUAGCCGUGAUGUCACUAGAUCGCUACAUGGCCAUCUGCAAACCACUACACUAUGGCAGCCUAAUGAGGGUCGGAUCCUGCCUGCAGCUGGCAGCUGUGUCAUGGAUCAGCGGGUUCCUGGCCACUGCAGCCAAUGCCUACUGGAUGUCAGGCAUGACCUUAUGUGGCCCCACUGACCUAGACCAUUUCUUUUGUGACUUCACCCCACUGUUAAAAUUGUCCUGCUCUGACACGAGCCUGAUGGCUCUGGUGACCUUGUUACUUUCUGCUUUGUUCACUCUGCCCCCCUUCAUCCUCACCCUCACCUCCUACAUGUGCAUCAUAACUGUCAUCUUGAGAAUCCCGUCCUCUGCCAGCAGGCACAAGGCCUUUUCCACCUGCUCCUCCCACCUCAUUGUGGUGACCAUCUACUAUGGGACAAUCAUCUUUGUCUACGUCCUUCCAGACACCAACACACUGAGACCCCUGAACAAACUUUUUUCUCUCUUCUAUACAGUCAUCACCCCUCUUGCUAACCCCUUAAUCUACAGCCUGAGAAACCAUGAAGUCAGGGAGACCCUGAGGAGAACUUUCACUGCCUGA